UCUGAUCCAUUUUUACACCCGGUGAAUGAUGCUGAAUUUCCAGAAUACAAAAAAUACAUUAUACAACCAAUGGAUAUGACUAUGUUAGUAGAGAAUAUUAAGAAAAACGUUUACGGCAGUACACAAGCAUUUGAAGCAGAUGCCAAGUGGUUGUUGCAUAAUAGCAUUAUUUUCAAUUCCUAUCAAUCAAAGCUGACUUAUGCUGCAAAAAGUAUCAUCAAAGUAUGCAAACAAGAAAUGGCUGAGAUAGAGAACUGUCCGAACUGUUAUUUGAAUGCCAACACCAAAAAGCUAACAUGGUUUGUGGAAGUAUGCCCUAAGCCACACCUACUCGUUUGGGCCAAACUGAAAG